CUUCUAGAAGCUAAAAAACAGAGAGAUAGAGAGAGAGAGAGGGAGGGAGGGAGCCAACCAGAAAUUUCAGAUUUCAGACAAACAAACAAAACCAACGUUUAACCUUUUGCAUCUUCUCUCUUCCUUCACUUCCUUUUCCCUUCGUCGUACCGACACUGAAAUCUAACGAUUUCACCACUAUUAUAUACUUUUCUUUGUUCCUCAGUGGAAACUUAUCUUUGAUUUCUGCCUUUUGACUUAAUUACUCUUGGGACCCCCAGUGAUUCAGGAUUUAAUGGAUUUAUAGUAAAGUAAUGAUAAGGAUGAGGAAUUUUAGUGAAGAGGAAGAACAGGAUUCAAUUUUUUUUGAUACCCGCGAGGAGAUAUCUUCCGUUUCUGAUUGGAGUUCAGAUUGCGAGGAUGGUAGUCCUAGUGUUUUCAAUAGUCUUACAUAUGAUGAUUGGACUAAGAGUCCAGAAAGUGUCCAAGAUCGGCGGCAGAGGUUCUUAAAGUGUUGGAUGGGUUUGAGUUUGGAUGGAACUGAACGUGUUGAGGAGGAGUUUGGUAAUGAUUCCUUGAACAAAAUCCAACUGGGUGUUGUUGAUAGGAUGGUGGAUAAUAGUGGGGCAGUGUUAAGGACAUCGAGUUUUGAAGAUGGCUUUUUGUCGGCUCAGUCUUCGAUGUCUUCCGGGUCAAGCGAAGCUUGGCGGCAGUCAUUUGAAAAUGGUGUGCUGGAUGGGAAUUCUGUGUGUAAAAUUAAGAAUUUGGACGACGGAAUGGAGUUUCUAGUGGAUGAAUUGGAUGGGGAUGGAAUGCUUAGUAGACUGCAUGAAGUGGGAUCCAAUCAAUCUCUUAGUUUUGAAGAGUUUCGGAGAACAUUUGCCACAUCUCCUUUGGUUGAACGAUUUUUGAAGAAGAAUGUUAAUGAUGAAAGGGAUAUAGCAGAAGCAAAAAGGAAAGAUAAACGGAGUUGGUUGAAGAAAUUAGGUUUGGUGAGAAGGAUUGUUGAUAGGCAAGGGACAGCUGCCUCAAAGACCCGUGAUCUUGAAUCAACCGCAGAAGCAAGGAUGCAAAGAGUGAAAGUUCAUCCAUCCAAAAAGAACAUCAAAGAUAUGUCUUCUCUCUUUACUGGACAGGAAUUUCUGGCUCAUAAGGGGUCAAUUUUGACGAUAAAAUUCAGUCUUGAUGGGCAAUACCUGGCAAGUGGUGGUGAAGAUGGUGUUGUGCGUGUGUGGAAGGUGAUUGAGGAUGAUAGGUCUAACCACUUUGACAUCCCAGCAACUGAUCCCUCACGUCUAUAUUUCACAAUGAAUCAUUUAGCUUCUCUUGAUGUGGAUAUGAAGAAAAUUUAUAAAAUGAAGAGACAUGGAUCAUCAGACUCCACAUGUGUUGUUGUUCCACCAAAGGUGUUCAGGGUAUUGGAGAAGCCCCUGCAUGAGUUUCAAGGACAUAGUGGCGAGGUUUUGGAUCUGUCAUGGUCUAAGAAAAGGUUUCUAGUGUCUUCUUCUGUUGAUCAGACGGUUCGCCUUUGGCAAGUGGGAUGCGACAGAUGCCUGAGAGUUUUUUCUCAUAAUAAUUAUGUGACUUCUGUUGAUUUCAAUCCCGUGGAUGACAAUUAUUUUAUCAGCGGUUCAAUAGAUGGUAAAGUUCGCAUCUGGGAAGUGCUUGGCUGUCAGGUUGUUGAUUAUACUGAUAUACGAGAGAUAGUUACUGCUGUAUGUUAUCAUCCUGGUGGAAAGGGAGGACUGGUAGGCACAAUGACUGGAAACUGCCUCUUUUAUGAUAUUAUAGAUAAUCAACUGCAACUGGAUGCUCAAAUAUGCUUACAGGGCAAAAAGAAGUUACCAGGCAAGAGGAUAACUGGCUUUGAGUUCUCCCCAAGCGACCCAAGCAAAGUAGUUGUCACUUCUGCUGAUUCACUAGUACGAGUGUUAUGUGGCUUGGAUGUCAUUUGCAAAUUUAGGGCAUCGGGCCUAAGAUCUGUAGCGAACCAGACUUCCGCGUCAUUUACCUCGGAUGGAAAACAUAUUAUCUCAACAAGUGAGGAUUUUAAUGUCCAUGUCUGGAACUAUGCCAGCCAGGGAAGGACUUCUCGAGCAAAGAACAUUCAGUCCUGUGAGAGCUUCCUAUCUCAAAAUGCAUCUGUUGCUAUACCUUGGCGUGGUAUUGAAACCAUUCCAGGAACGCCUUCAUCUCUUGAAUCUACAUGUGGUAAUAGUUUCAAGGGUGACCAUACACGUCCGAAGUUUUGUGGAGAGCUAGACCAGAAACAGCUUUCCUCUUCAUCAGAUUGUUUCUCUCUUGCCCGUGGAUUUCUGUUGGAGUCUUUGACAAGGGGGUCUGCCACUUGGCCUGAGGAGAAACUUCCCAACUCAAGUCCGAAGACAGCCUCACCUACAAAAUCUAGACCUGAGUUCAAGUAUUUAAAGAAUGCUAGCCAUAACAUGUUGAGUUCUCACUUGUGGGGUCUUGUUAUUGUAACUGCAGGCUGGGACGGACGGAUUAGAACAUACCUCAAUUAUGGUUUCCCUCUCCGAUUAUGAAACCACCCCUGGGUUCGGCAAAUUAAUAGGGGUUUGAUUUUCAUCCUUCAAAGAUACAGGCAAGGUUAUUUUCAUGGUGCUUGCUAGACCAUGGGUGGGGAUGGUGUAUAUACCACAGAGGAAAAAGAAAAAGAAAAAGAAAAGGAGUUUACAAACUGUGGACUCUUCAUAGAUUAUACUCAAGUGUACUAUAAUUUUGACUGUGUCGUUCAAGUUGGCUUGGUCCAGCCUUGUUGUCAACGAAUUGCCGGGGGUUGCUUUUGCAUUAGGAGCACUGUACACAUGCUAAUUAUAUGAUUCUUUGAUUUGUUUCAGUCAAAACUGAAUAGAUGUUCAUGUGCCAAUUGGCCCAUUUUGUCGA